UGACUGCAGAGGCUGUGGCGCCCCUGAAGGUGUUUCCACCUUGUUUACAAAUCAAGGGUUCAUUAACUGCUUGUUGGAAACUGGCCAGCUGCUCCUUGAAAUCCUGUCCUGUGGGGUAGGGAGACACUGCCAGGGAGCAGCUGCCCAGACUCUUAACUGCUUGCUGGGAUCAGAAUCCUGUGCUGCCUGUCUUCAGCUUUCCAAGCAGUCAGCCUGUGGCUGUGCUGGCCCUCAGAAGCCUGGAUUUGGGCUUCGAUCUCCCUCAGAGCUCUGCUGGUCGCCAUACCUGCACCCUGCCUAAACCUUGCCUGCUGCUUCACAGCCCAACUCCGUGGCAAUGGCUUCUAGGUGCGCCCCCCUCUGUGGCCUGGCUGCACACUGCUUCUGGCUCCUGGUUUUCAUCCUUCUGAUGGAGGUGUCUGCACGGCCAGCCAAUCAUUCAUCCACCCGGGAAAGAAUAGCCAACAGGGAGGAAAAGGAGCUCCUGCCCCCAGACCAUCUGAAUGGGGUGAAGCUCGAGAUGGAUGGGCACCUCAACAAGGGCUUCCACCAGGAGGUCUUCCUGGGAAAGGACGUGGGUGGCUUUGAUGAGGAUGCAGAGCCACGUAGGAGCCGCAGGAAAUUGAUGGUCAUCUUUUCCAGAGUGGAUGUGAACACAGACCGGAGGAUCAGUGCUAAGGAGAUGCAGCGCUGGAUCAUGGAGAAAACGGCUGAACACUUCCAGGAGGCUGUGAAGGAGAACAAGAUGCACUUCCGGGCUGUGGAUCCUGAUGGCGACGGCCAUGUGUCCUGGGAUGAAUACAAAGUGAAGUUUUUGGCCAGCAAAGGCCACAAUGAGAAGGAGGUUGCUGACGCAAUCAGAAACCACGAGGAGUUGAAAGUGGAUGAGGAGACACAGGAAGUCCUCGAGAACCUCAAAGACCGCUGGUAUCAGGCAGACAAUCCCCCUGCGGACCUGCUGCUGACAGAGGAUGAGUUCCUGUCUUUCCUUCAUCCGGAACAUAGCCGAGGCAUGCUCAAAUUUAUGGUCAAAGAGAUCGUCCGGGACUUGGACCAAGAUGGUGACAAACAGCUUUCUCUGCCUGAGUUUAUCUCCCUGCCUGUGGGCACCGUUGAGAACCAACAGGGCCAAGACAUGGAUGACAGCUGGGUCAGAGACAGGAAGAAAGAGUUUGAAGAGCUGAUUGACUCCAACCACGAUGGAAUUGUGACCAUGGAGGAGCUGGAGAGCUACAUGGACCCCAUGAAUGAGUACAAUGCCCUCAACGAAGCCAAGCAGAUGAUUGCCGUUGCUGACGAGAACCAGAACCACCACCUGGAGCCUGAGGAGAUCCUCAAGUACAGCGAGUUCUUCACGGGCAGCAAGCUGAUGGACUACGCCCGCAAUGUGCACGAGGAGUUCUGAGGGCCGUGGCCCCGCAGCCCCCUCAGCCCCAGGGGCCAUGGACCAGCGUAGCAGGGCCAGUGGCUGCCCCCUACCCAGGGCCAUCCCAGAACUUCCCUUUUGCUGCUGCCCAUGACUGUGUGCUUGGGCUCAGCUGGGGCCGUGCUGUGUCCUGGUUUAUUAGAGGUGUGCUUAGCAGGCUGUGCCCCUCUGCAGUGCCUGUCCCUGUGGGCUCCCUCCCACCUGGUUGCCUAGCAGUGUCUUGUGUCCUGUGUCCUGCCACUGCUGCUGCUUUUGAGAACUGCUGAGCCCUGCUGAAAAUGCUGACCAUGUCGGUGUGUGGAACUGUGGGGCAGCCACUGUGGGAAAUCACUUAGCUCCUGCCGUUUCUUUGAAAACUGAAAGAUUAAGAUGAAACGAGAAGCACUUUGCUGGAAAUGAGUAGCCAGGCAGCGCGGAAGGCGCCGCCUCCUUCCUGGGCUGGGGCUGGGGCUGGGGUGCGUGGGGUGGGGUCCUCAGCUUGUAGUCUCUGAGAAAGAGAUUUGUCACAGGAAUCAUUAGUUCACUUUAAAAUACAGUUGCCUUUUUCUCA